AUGACAUCGUACGUUUUAUAAAUUCGCGCGAGUAACAACUUACUCGUAAUAGAUAUGAUAUCGCUCGCGCGCUUGCUUAAUCGUCGCCGAGGAGCAAGGACGCGAACCAUCCUUUUUUCGGGGUCUUAUCCUCCUCCUCCUCCUCGCCGCCGAGGUCGCGCACUCUCCGCUCGAGCGCCUCGACCCUCGCCCGCAGCGCGUCCCUCUCCCCCGCCGCCGCCGCGAUCUCCCCGCGAGCCUCGUCCAACGCCGCCGUCGCCGCCGCCGCCGCCGUCCUCGACGCCGCGAGGCUCUUCGCGGUCGCGUCGCGAUCCGCGACCGCGCGCGCGCGAUCGCGCUCGGUCUGCUCCAGAGCGUUCGCGAGCGCGGUGUGCUGCGCGAGGACGCGUCGCGCGUCGUCGCGAAGCCGCGCGUUUUCGCCGCGAAGGCGGAGGUUGUCGGACGCGAGCGCGUCCGUCGCCGAUGACGUGGACGCCGACGUGGACGCCGACGUGGAAGAAUCUGAUUGGGUCUUCGCGCCGCCCGCGUCCAACGACGUCGCGCGCUCGAGCGGCGCCGACGAGGUCCCCGCCGUCCCGGCCGCCUUCUUCUCCUUCUUCUCCUUCUUCUUCGCGGGGGAUGGGGGAGGCGCCGCGGGAAACGCGUCGGGGAAUCGAAACGCCUGCACGUCCCGCCGCGUCGCGCCGUCGUACCCCCCGAACGCGAUCAGCGCGGCGUCGCCGCUCGCGGACUCCACGACGCACGCGGACAUGCCCUCGCCGCAGACCGCGGGCGUGGGAAACGCGCAGCGCGACGAAGAAGAGUCUGAUUCGUCCGCGUCGUCCGACGUGGCGGCGUCUGAUUCGUCGGCAGCGUCGGCGUCGGCGCCGAGAUCGACCCACCGCGAUUCGCGCAGGUCCAACGCCGCCGAGCGCAGCUCGCCGACUGACGUCGCGUCGUUCCCGCCGCCGAUCACGCACCAGUACCGGUCGCGGAUCACGACCGCGGCGUGCCCAGCCCUGGGGGCGGGCGUCGGCCCGGCCGGUCGCCACGCCGCCCACUUAG